AACCCUCAGAGUUUUGGCAGGAGCCAAAUGGUUCUGAAGAAGAUGAUGAAGAAGAAGUUUCAGAUCAUGUGAAAACUGUGGCACAGAAGAUACCUGUGAGGAAACAAGGCCCAACAAGCAGAUCACACAGUGAGCCAGAUCACAAAAAGUUUGAAGAUUUCGUGCCAGAAGCUGAUGAGUUCUGCUUUCCAGGUGAUGAAGGUAUUUAUGAUGAAGAAGAUGAUGCACCUAGGUUGCCUUGUGGCAGCAAGAGAAAAUUGAAGAAGAAGAAGGAGAGAAUAUGGUAUGAUUCCUCUAGGCCUGAUGCACAUGAACAGUUUAGGAUUCAUUUGUGCUUUCUGAAUGUGGUAGAGUUCAGAGAAGCAUUGAGAAACUACCAUGUUAGGACACUUAGGAACUUUGAGUACCAUAGGAAUGAUCCAAGUAGGAUCAUAGCCUGGUGCUCAGAUAGAAAGCAUGGUUGUGAGUUUUAUAUUACUGCUUCUAAGAUUGCCCAUGAGUCAACCUUUAGCAUCAAGAAGAUGAAUCUUGAUCACACCUGUGGAGCAAGUGGAGAGAACACAAAGGUUACCAUGAAGUGGGUUGCAAAGGCUGUUGAGGAUACUGUAAGAUCCAAUCCUGGUGCAGGUGUUGAGACUAUACUGAGUUAUACAAAAAAGAAAUUUGGAGUACAUGUUCCAAAAAGUUUGGCCUACAGGGCAAGGAGGAAAGCAGUUGAUGUUGUGCAAGGGGAUCACAAGACACAAUACUACAGGUUAAGAGACUAUCUGCAAUGUGUUUUGGACACAAACCCUGGUGGUAGGUGUGUUGUGACAACAAAGGAAUUUGAACUCCACCCAGCACCUACCCCAAGGUUUCAUUACAUGUUUUAUUGUCUGUUUGCUUGUAAGGAGGGGUUCCUAAAUGGUUGCAGGCCUUUCAUAGGUCUUGAUGGAUGCUUCAUCAAACUAAGCACUGGCAGCAAAUCCUGGCAGCAACAGGGAGGGAUGGCAACAACAACAUCUUCCCUAUUGCAUUUGGUGUUGUUGACAAGGAGGAGACAGAUAGUUGGACUUGGUUUCUUACACAGUGAAGGACAGUAAUUGGUAGUGGCAACAAGUUUGGGCCCUACACAAUUAUGCCAGACAGGAAAAAGGUACAACUACUCUUCAUGAUUUGACUGCUUUUCCUUUCACUAUGUACUGCUUUUCCUUGCACUAUGUUCUGCUUUUCCUUUCUCUACUUACUUCACUAGUUAUUCAUACAAAAUCAAUGAACAGGGUCUGCUCAAUGCAAUAGAGGAUGUAUUUCCUGAUUCCCCUCAAAGAUUUUGUUUAAGACACAUAUAUGCCAACUUCCAAUCAGCUGGGUUUAGAGGGGAUGAAUUGAAAAAACAUCUAGACCAGGCUGCAUAUUCUUUCACUAAGCAUGGGCAUGA